GAACAGUUUGUUGGAUUCUCUUUGCUAAAUUUAUCAUCGUACAGCGUCCACAGCAUUUCAGUUGGGACCGUUUUGCAAAUGUACAAACCUGAACAGUGAUGAACGAAACGAGCUACAAUGGAAAAGGAGGGACCGAUCAACGUCAAAGCUCUGAGGGCCAAGUUUCAGGAGGACACUCUCCUAGCUCAAUCCAAAACUAGUCGACCAGCUGUUGCAGAGAAACCCAGACACCUUCCGCCUCCUGGAGGUCACUGUAGCUCUGUGGUCAGCAGUAUUAAUAUCGCUGUGGAAAACAAGACACCAGUGGUUCCCCGGGUCAUCUUCAGAGAUGGGCUGCGUGCAUCUGGAGGCAAGCGACCAAUUUCCUUUCCACCACAACCUCCACAGACUUCCCCCUCAUCCCAGCUGGCUAACGGAGAUGGCACAACAAGGCAGUCCCUCAAAGACAGGCACAUGCCUCUGGUGCUUCCUGUCCUGCCUGUGAGGGAGAAAAAGACAGAACCGCCAGCCAAGAAGGAGCACAAACUGGAACCAGAUCCAGGGAAAGAAGCCCUGCCACAAACUAAAAUCAAGAAGAAAGGUUUGCUUCUCCCUUUCAAGUCUGCCAAAGCAUCAAAGGUCAAUGCAGAAAACGUGGAGGAGCCUACGUACGCUGAUUUGACAACCAGACCUUCCAGUGCUCCUGGUGAUUUGCCCUCUUUGGAAAAACAAACCACAGAAGAUGGGGGAUCGCUCCACAGUGACCAAUCAACCGCUGAGCUCCCUCUCUCCAGCCCAGAGAUCCCAGUCACUCCUCCUUCUGCUGAUACAAGUGUCAACUCUGAAAGAAAAAUUAUAAGCACCUUGGAGAGGGCCAGGAAGAAGUUUUCGCGCAGUCAGAUGUUGAUCUCUGCUAAAUCUAGGAGCUUACGUUCCCCCGACUACGUCUCAAGAGACAAAGUGUUCCCUUCGCUGCCAAACAACAAUGAAUGCGUUGACCCUGAGCCACCAGUACCCCCACCGUUGUGUCUUCCACAACUGGCCUGUCUGUCGGCCCGGCCUUUCUUCAAAGCCAACCACUCUGCACACAAGUCGACAUUGGAUAAGCAGUUUGAAAGAGAAAAGGCACUGUCGUCUGUCAAGACUGGUGAAACUCACCCACCCUCUGCUCCUCAAAAGAAGCCUCUGCCUGACUUGAAGUCCCUGGGGCCAUUGCCACCAAAGCCCCCAAGACCUUCAGUAGUAGAUCUCAGCUGUUACCUCCAACCCACAGAUGACG